AUGAACCGUUGGGUAUAUUACAGGUGAGAUAAGAUAUUUUUUAGGGUUUACAUUCGAAAAUAUAAUUAUUGCGUCAUUAAAGAGCUGGUCAACGGGUUCUGAUGUAAUAUUCUUGCCUUUAUAGUGCCUGCGAAGAAUUGCGAUUUGCCGCGACUUUCUUGGAUCGCCUCCAGAAGAUUGAUAACCCAGGAGAUCGGAUGUCUCUGAUUGCUGGAUUCAUUAUCAGCGGGUAUUCUGGAAUGAGUAUUCGCAACCGAAAACCAUUCAAUCCGCUGCUCGGAGAGACUUUUGAUUACAUUUCGGAUGAUGGUUGGAAAUACCAUGCGGAACAAGUCUCUCACCAUCCCCCGGUAUCUGCAUGCAAUGCUGAAGGGAAUGGCUGGGAAUGGCAGCAGACUCUGCAGGGCACAAUCACUCCUAGUUUGGACGGGUCGGCCAGUUUUGAAUUGUCUCUAUUAGGUUGACCCUGGCGAAUGGAGAAGAGUAUGUGUGGAAUAAAGUAAGGUUAUUUUGUUUUAUUAUUGUUUCUGGGUUUAGGUCACAACCAUCAUCCAGAAUGCGAGAGCUGAAGCGACUAAACGAAAGGUGAAGAAUGAAGGAGAGAUGAGCAUCAGAUGCAGUAAUGGAUAUGAAUGUAAAAUGUUGUUUACAUCGGAAAAGAAUGGGAUCCGCGGGGAGAUCAGGAAAAAUCAGCAAGCUGUCGUCUUUAGACUAGUUGGAUGUUGGGAUAAAGGAUUGAAUAGGUCAGUUUUGAAUCUAUUUUUGUGUCCAGAAAUUCGGUCAUGAUGCAACACUUUCGUGUCAAGUCUUCGUGUUUGGCCAAGGCGAUGACAAUUCGCGAAGAUUGCUUACAAAAACAAGGUAUUUCCUGUGGCGAAAGGAUUUUGUCCGGGUCAAGUUGCAUCAUGACCGAAUUUCUGGAAAACGUAAAAUUAUCCAACUCUUUGCAACCUGUUGCGCGAAUUGCUUAGUUUGCAGACUUCUGGCCUUGGGUUGGUGGAGAAAGCUUUUUAUCGAGUCAACUCCUUAUUUUCCCGUUGUUUUUUCUCAUGAAUCACAUUUUCAGCAUGGCGUCAAUGCAUUUGAUCUUAUUGAUACUCUUGACGAAUUUCGGUGUGAUGGAUAUGCUACCCGUUUCGAUUGUUCUACUCCCGAUUAUUAUCUUCAUUGCCAGAGAGCGGAGAAGGGAGCAAGUUAGGCCGCGAGACGAGGACUUCAAUAAUAGUGCCAGUUCAGGAAUAGGAAGCUUAGAGGGUAAGUGCCUUUCUGUUUUUAUUCUUUUUCAUUCAUAAAGGGGACCAGAAGUACGUGUUCUUUUACUCUUGCUUUUGAACUUCCUCUAAACCUUUCGAUUUUUCGAAAUUUUAUGAAAGGCUCGGGGCCUGCGGCCCCUCGCAUGCGGCAUUCUUUUAUUAGGUUGGCUAAUAUUUCAACAGGGAGUCCAUCUGACAACUGCUGCCUUUUAGCCAAACAUAUAUCUCAGUACCCCAACUAGUGCUCGUUAAUGAGACGUAUGUCCUGUAUUAUAACCAUGUAAACAAGAGCCAAUGAUUUGACGUGCAGGAUUCUGAAGUUCAGAUCCAAGCAACAGUCCAUCUCCAGGAGGGUAUUUUUGAGCCGCUCUUGGAAUUGUCAUAGGCCUACGCUGUUGCCGUUAUUACCAAAUGGUAACACAGUUAAGAAGGGUGUUUAUACAUGCUACCUUGGCCAGCUGCCGGCAGCGGGCAAAAAGAAAACCGCCGUUUGGGAUACCGGGAUGACGCGGAAAGCCAUGCGCCAUAAAGAUGUUAGUAAAAAGUUUCUAAACAUUUCGAAUGGGAUCCACUUUCCCGACAGUUUUACAGCUUGAGCAUCGGCGACUGUAACAGACAUCAAUUAGGCAGCUAACUUUUAUGGUUUUAGAUGAAACUUGUGUUUCCAUCGGCUGCCGGAGAGACGCUACGUUAUUUUGCGAUACGUACAUUGAGGAUGCGGCAGGCCUCUGUCGUCGAUCAUUGAUAUGUAACGACCAUUGGGUUCGUGGUCACCAGUAUGAGAUCACUCAUUGUCCCAACUGCCAAGUAACAAUAGAAGCAACGCUGUGCCGCCUUCGACUGUACUUAGGCGGGGAGGGUCGAAAUUGA